UCAGUGUCUGAUGACGAAUUUCCCCACGAAUCAUUAUCACUCAAUUCUGCAAGUGGUUCUAAUUUACUAUCGCUGUUCUCUAGCCGGUCUAAAACUGCUAUUGACCUAAAGGGACGCUUUUUGGACGCCAUGGACGUUUCUCAGUUUCCAGGCAGAAAGAACAGGAAAAAUGCAGGCAGGGCACAGGACAAAGCACUCAGGACAAAAUGUAUGUGAAAUGGUUUGAUACAGUAAUGUUUUACUAUGUGAUUUUAGUGUAUAUAUGAAUGUCACUUUUUGGCAUUUUCAAAUUUCCCGCCGUUCUGUCCCCCGUACGUCCCGACGCUCGCAGGGGACGGAACACAGAUGACAGAUGCCGGCAUCUGCCGGAGGACAUUACAGGGGACACUGCAGGAGGGACA